ACCGGACGUGCACCCGGCGCUAGCAGCGUUAGCAUCGUUAGCUCUGUGUGCGUGUGAGAGGUGAAUGUGUUGAGUGUGUGCAGCAACAAUGUCUUCAGUUCAGUCUCUGAGAGAGUUUAUCAGCGAGCGACUAACUGCUGCUGCUGAAGAAAUAUUCACAGAGUUUGAAAAAACCAUCGUCCGGUACGAGGAAGAGAUCGAUCGUCAGCGCAGACUGCUGGACAUCAGCUGGAAACCUCACACACACCUGCACACAACAGACGUCCCGCAGCAUCAUGACUGGAAAGAGAAGGAGAAUCAGCAUCUCUGUGACCCAGAGAGGAGCUUCAGUCCAGACCAGGAGGAACCAGAAGCUGCCCAGCUGAAAGAGGAGCAGGAAGAACUCCGUGUCAGUCAGGAUGAGGAGCAGCUGGUUCUGAAGCUCGAGGCUGAAGCCUUCAUGGUGACUCCUGCUUUUGAGCAAAGAGACCACAGUGAACCAGAACCAAACUGGGAACAGCUCCUCCCUAUGAACUUUCCUGAGCCCGAGAACCAAGACCAGGAAGAAGCAGGACCAUCUGGAGACGGAGAACUGAACCCAGGAAAGUGGUUUGAUCCUGAGUCGAAUGAAAAACCUGUAAAAUGUGACAUUUGUGGAAAAGCCUUUCGACAUAAUUAUCAAAUGAAGGAGCACAGAAGAAUCCACACUGGUGAGAAGCCCUUCUCCUGUAAGUUCUGUGGUAAAACCUUCAUGAGAAGCUGUGGCCUGAUGGUCCACACCAGAACCCACACGGACCAGAGGCCUUAUUCCUGUAAGGUCUGCAGUAAACGCUUCAUCCAGCACAACACGUUGGUCUACCACAUGCGGGUCCACACUGGUGAGAAGCCCCACACGUGUCAGACUUGUGGAAAAGGCUUCACAGUAAAGAGCCAGUUAACCAUUCACGCCAGGUCUCACACAGGUGAGAGGCCUUAUUCUUGUAACACCUGUGGAGAAAGUUUCAGCUGCACUCGCAGUUUUAACUCGCACCUGAGAACCCACACGGGUGAGAGACCCUAUCCCUGUCCGACCUGUGGUAAAAGCUUCAGGAGAAGCGAUGAGUUGUUGAGCCACAUUCGGAUUCACACGGGAGAGAAGCCCUACACGUGUCAGACUUGCGGUAAAAGCUUCACCCAGCGAGGUCAGUUGGUGACUCACACCAAAGUUCACAGCGGUGAGAAGCCCUUUUCGUGUCAAAUGUGUGGUAAGAACUUUGCACGACGUGGUCACUUAGCGUCCCACAUAAAGACUCACACUGGUGAGAAACCUUACUCUUGUCAGACCUGUGGCAAAUGUUUCACUGAGAAUUAUAUCCUGGUGGGACACAUGAGGACUCACACUGGUGAGAAGCCCUUUUCCUGUCCAGUAUGUGGCAAAUGCUUCACCCAGAGAAGCAACCUGACUGUCCACGUGAAGAGACACCGGGGGGACGUACCCGUCCAACGGCAGCCUGUGAGACAGUGAAGACGUCAUCAGACUGAGGGAGGACAGCUUGAAAUCAGAAUCUGAUCAGAACCACAGGAUCAUCUGCAGGAAACAAACAGACCAGAACAUCAACAGGACCAGAAGCUUCUGUUGGUUCUAAAGUAAACCGAACAUCUGGAGGGGAAAAGUUCUAAAUGUGGUUUGUGUUGAAGGAGGUCUUUAAAUAUAACAUGGCUCUGUUUAUAUAAAGUGUUGUUUUAUAACUGACUGAUCAGGUUUGAUUUUAAUGUUCCUGAGAAGUUAAAUCUGACGUGUUUCUCAGUUCUGAUUAAAUCAACCUAAAAGUUAGUUUUUGUUCUGAACGUGUUUGUUUAUGAAGAUUUGUUAGUUUUAAAUCAAA